AACACAAGCAGAGUUGGUGAAAAUUGUUGCUGAUUUUUGCGAAAAAACGCAGGAAAAACGCCAGAAAGAAGGAAUAAACUGCACCGGAAUAUGUACCACUAGAGUGGGCAAUCGGGAAUCACUAAAGCACUAAGCAACGCGGAGCGCACGAGGAGCAGCUAGCAAACAUGGCACCCACACCCUUGCCCCUCCCCCUGCCCCUCGAGCAAAUGCCCGGCGUCGGCGGCGGCGGAGGCGGCUACUUGCCCGCUGGCCAGGAGGGCGGCCCGCGCAUCAACACGAUGUCCAUGUCGGUGCUAAUCGACUUCAUCAUCCAGCGCACCUAUCAUGAACUCACUGUUCUGGCUGAGCUGUUACCCCGCAAAACGGACAUGGAGCGCAAGGUGGAGAUCUACGACUAUGCGGCCCGCACCCGCCACUUGUUUACCCGCCUUAAUGCGCUGGUCAAGUGGGGCAACUCGGUUUCCAAGGUGGAUAAAUCCUCGCAGAUCAUGAGCUUCCUGGACAAGCAAAACAUGCUUUUUGUGGAGACCGCCGACAUGCUGGCCCGCAUGUCUCGCGAAACUUUGGUUCGAGCCAGAUUGCCCAACUUCCACAUACCCGCCGCCGUAGAAGUCUUGACCACAGGCACCUACAAUCGACUGCCCACUUGCAUUAGGGAGCGGAUUGUGCCCGCCGAUGCAAUUACGCCGGCGGAGAAAAGACAGACGCUGCUCCGUUUGAACCAGGUCAUUCAGCAUCGCCUGGUCACUGGGAAACUGCUGCCGCAGAUGAGAGAAUUCCGCAUUCGAAACGGACGAGUCACCUUCGAGGUGAAAAAUGAGUUCAGUGUGGCCCUGACCGUAAUGGGGGAUAACCCCACGGUUCCCUGGCGACUGCUGGACAUCGAUGUGCUCGUGGAGGACAAGGAGACUGGAGAUGGCAAAUCUCUGGUGCAUCCUCUGCAGGUGAACUACAUUCAUCAGCUCAUCCAGGCACGUCUGGUGGAGAAUCCCAAUGCACUGAGCGAAGUAUACAACUGUCUGCACUACUUUUGUCAAUCGCUCCAGCUGGAGGUUCUGUACACGCAGACACUUCGUUUGAACUACGAACGACUAGACGAUAACAACAUCACGGUGGAGGAGUAUGUACCCGGCGUUAAGUUGACGGUGUCCUACUGGCGGGACCUAAAAUCGGAGCUGGGCUACCGCCUCACCGUUCAGUCGGAUCCCAGCGAAAUCGGGCGUCCACUGGCAGUGGUCCAUGUGCCCUCGCUGGGCGCCAAGGAGUCCGCAGAGGUGGCGGAUCGGGCCGUACGCUCCGAGCAUCUUUCAAUGGAGCGUCUUAUUGUCCAUACCGUGUACAUUCGUUCCGUGUCCAGGUUGAGCGACCUGAAGCUGGAGUUCCAAGCCUUUUUGAAGGAUGUUGACUUCAACCUACAGGGAACUCCAGCCAUUUUGACUGUGCCCGUGCUUUCGCCUUGCUUGAGGGCCGAGCAGAUCCACAUAACCAUCGACACACACACGGGCAUGUUCCGCUGCCAUGUGCCCAAGCAUCUGGACUGUCCGAUCACGGAGGAGAUGCAGGACUGCCUCAACGGGGACCGCAGCAAACUGCCUGCGUUGCUAUCGGAGCUGCGCUUCUGGAUCACCCAUCGCAGGUGCGACAAGACCCUGCAGCAUCUUCCGGCGACGGCCACCGAGACACUUCCCUUCCUGUCCCAACCGGAGCAGGAGCUUUUGCAGCCGGGCAGGCACAAGAUUUACGUAAAGCUGCACAGGCAUCCCAAUAUUGUGCUGGUGGUUCAACUCAAAGAGAAGACAACCAUGCCCAACGAAAUGGAGUACACCUUCCACCUGGGCUUCGUGGCCUUCCAAAAGGACGAGCUGGAUGUGAUAGACGACUCCGCCAAGCAGCUUGUAUCGGUGGUGGCCCAGCCGCACUCGGACAUUCCAAAGUGUUACACCAAGCUGAUGCGCCUUAUCGAGUUUGACACAUUCGUAGCCACACAUGGACCUGGAACAGAAGUUGAUGCGGAGGUUUCCCCGCACAAACGCAAGUCGAAUGGGGAUCUGCUGGCGCCUCCUGCCAAACAACAAAAGACCAUAUUUCCCGCCUACUUCAUUCCGGAGUUGGCCCAUGUGGUGGCUAUGUGCGAUGAAAAGAUCCCGUUCAUGAAUCUCGCACAGACGCUGUCCAAGCACAAUAUCCCCCACAGCGGGCUGCAGGUGGAAGCGAAUGCCACAUCGCUAGUGCUCAAGAUUCUGGCCUUGCCACAGCCUGGAAAGACAAACUUUACCAACCAACAACAGCAACAGGGAGCAGCUGGUGGAGCCGCCGAAAACAAGCCAAGUGGCGCCUCCGGCCUUCCAAAAAUCGAGCCCCAUGUCUGGGAGGACCUGAUGCGCCGGGUUCUGUCCAUUUCGGUGCGAUCGCAAACCAAUAAGAACAGUCAGGUGCGAAUCUGGGUGGUGGAGUUCGUCUUCUACAGCACUCCGCUGCAGAGCAGCCACCAGAAGGAGCAGGGCAGUCGGCGAACCGUCUACCUUACCUACGAACAGGCCAACCACGACUUCUCCAAAACGGUCGAGGAUUUGCUCAACGAUUGGUCGAAAAUCGUGUACCUCUACACGCUGGUUCACGAUUUUGCCGAGCAGCUCCGAAACAAACGCCUUUCCCUUUGCGACAUGCUGGUGGUCAAGUCGUACAGCUACAUGAACUUGCUGCUAGGUUACGGGCCCAAAAAGGAGGUGAGUUGCAAUAUCUACUGGUCGGUGCAAUCGCACGGCUUCCGACUGACCUUUGUGGGCGGAAUGUCGGCCCUCAACGCGCACUCAAUGAUGCGGGACCAGUUGGCGCAGCACUUGAACCAGCAGCACAGUCUCACCCAGAUCGCCCAGAUCCUGCACGAGACCUACAACCCAAUGAGCUCCAUUGCCAAGCUCCCGGUGCUGCCCUUCCUGGGAAUUCCGCGCCCCCAGGUGCCCGUGCUAUCGUUCUGCAUGCUGGCCCAAUCCCCUUGCCUGAUGAGGUUGACCUACCAGGCCGUCUACUGCCUGGAACUGCGCUUCCGGGCCAACAGGCUCGUCUCCAUCAGAGAUGGAGCGAGCAGUCGUUUCGAGCGCAACGUGGUGGAGGAAUUCACGCCCAUCCAGGGCCUCAAAGCCUUCCUCUCCAAGUACGUUGACGAGUCGGCGGCCUACAGAGGUCGCGCUGCCCACGAGGACGACAACCCGCUGUCGCCCAUGGGAAUGGAGGAUAACUUCGGCGGUCCGAGCAGUGUGGCCGGAGUGAGUGCAGGCGGAUCUUCGCCAUUUCUGGGCACCGGGAUGCGAGGACCGCAGUCGCCGAGGGACAGUGGCCUACGUUUUCCAGCCCCUCACACGCCGCCCUCCAGCUCGAAUCCCCACACUCCUGCCAGUCCGCAUCCGAGCGCGGGCGCAGGUGGUGGCAGUGGGGCCCAGGGUCACGGCAACUUUAACCUGACAUCCCCGCCAGCGCCGCAUAUGCCGCAUCCGUCGCCGAGCGGGUUGAUGCCUUCGUCUCCGCUGAAUCCACAGCCCAGUCCACAUAUGGUCCACAGUCCAGGACCCAACACCCUCUACAUGCAGAGCCACCAGGACUCCCCCUUCACGGCCAUGUCGCCGGCGAAUAACAAUUGGCCCGGAUCCCCCAGCAUGCCGCGCCCAUCUCCACGACCAGGACAGAGUCCCGAGCACAAGAGCACGGGAGGCGGGCCGGGAGGUGCCGGUGGAGCGGACAGGGGAGGCGCACGGGGCACUCUCAACCGCCCCUGGGCUGGAGCAGUGCCCACCCUGCUCACCCACGAGGCGCUGGAGACUCUGUGCCGGGCCAGUCCGCAUCCCAAUAAGGAUAUCAACGUGCCGGACAUGAGCCCGCUGGAGCGCUUCCUGGGCUGCGUUUACAUGAGGAGACAACUCCACCGGAAUAUCCAAAGCGAAGAAACACUGACGGCCCUCAACAGCACGGAACCAGGAGUGGUGCUCUUCAAGGUGGACGGACUGCAGUGCCAGGUGGUGCUGAACCAGAUGCACAUGCAGACACUGCACCUCAAGAUCUCGCAACUGCCCAUGCCCGACAAGCCGUUCCAACUCAGCCAGGACGAUCUGAUGGUGAUAGAGCAGUACUUCGACACCAGGGUGGCAGCUCCACCCUACAGACCCAACUCCCUGCACAGCAUCUGCCGGCUCCUGAAUCUGCCCGCCCAGGUGCUCAAGGAUUUCGUGCAGAUCAUGCGGCUGGAACUGAAGCCGGAGCUGGGUGGCGACCAGCUCAAGUGGACGGUGCAGAUGUGCAUGCGCAUGCCGCCCUCGGCGGUGCCCAUUGUGCCCAGUGGCAAUGCCUGCGUGGUUCUGGGGCGCAUGAAGAUCCUGUUCUUCCUGCAAAUCACGCGCAUUCCCUACGGCGCCGGCAUGGGCGUGGGCAAGGACUGGAAGGACAGCCCCUCGCUGGUGCUGCCCAUCGUGUACGACAUCCAGACGAACGUCACCCAGCUGGCCGAACGCACCGGGCAGGUCACCUCGCCCACCAUGACCGCCGCCAGCACGCUCCUCCGCCGCUUCGCCGAGUUCAACGCGCAGCAGAGAGAGCAGUGCACCCUCUUCCCGGCCAUCACGGAUCUGCUGACGAACCUCCAGCUGGCCACCGAGAUGCCCCAGCCACCGCCCAACCAGUCCAUUGGCCCGCCAGUGGGUGUGGGAGUGGGCGUAGGAGUGGGCGUGGGAGUCGGAGUCGGGUCCAGCCCGAACCCGAUGAUGCCGAUGCAGCAGCUCCAGCCCCAGCAGGUGGGACCUCAGGGGCCCGUGGGUCCUGGCGGCUACCCGCAGAUGGGCCCCAAUCCCGGUGGUCCGCAGUGAUGAAGGCGCAAGCGCCGCGCCUCCUCGCAGCAGCCGUGAGCUGAAAGCCUGUGAGCUGGCAACCGGAACGGCGAUCAGAUAUUUGUUAAGCUGUUUAUUGGAUAAGAAAGCACAAAACACAUACUCUACUCUGGGGUGAGUCGUUUUGGGAAUCGUAGCAAAAGAAAGUAAUCCCUGCUAAGUUUUGAAACUAAUCACAGGUUACUUUCCUCUAUAAUUUUUCUAUAAACACCCCGAAAUCGACCCACUCUACAAUACUUUAUUUAGUUAGUACUACUAUAUAUCUGGGCAUUGCCAAUGUCAAAUAGCUUAUAAGCUUCCAUCGCACCAAGAAAAGUUGGCUCUCGGUGUCUAUAGCUUCCAUUUGUCACCAAUGUCGAGAUGUUCCUGUGGACCAAGGACCAAACACACUAUGCACUCGUCUGUAAGCAGUCAUCUGAUCCCAGAUAAAAAGAAGGAAUGCGAUUUCAUGUAAAGAUCAGGUGCUUUAUACAUUUUAUUGUGCUGCUGUCCCUGAAUAAAUGGGUAUGAAAACAGAUAACACAUCCAAGAACAUAAAUUGUUAACUAAACACGACGGCUAGGUAUGUAAUAAAAAGACUAACUUUAAAUGUA